AUGCGGGAAAUCCGUCUUUUCAGCUGCAACGUGAAAAUUGUAAGAAUUGGAUGGUCCCAAAUUCAACAUCCGAUCAUUCGAGACAGGAUGUUUAGGAAGUGUGAAGAUAUACCUACUGAAGAGUCCAAUAUAUUAACCACCUUGAUUUCUACAUGGCCAUCAACUUCUUCAGCAAGAACACGAGAGGGGGCUCGCAUUGGAUCAGUUCCGAGGACAAGCGUAACUCAAGAUAUGCCUACUGAAGAGUCCAAGAUAUUAACCACCUUGAUUUCUACAUGGCCAUCAACUUCUUCAGCAAGAACACGAGAGGGGGCUCGCAUUGGAUCAGUUCCGAGGAAAAGCGUAAAUCAAGAUAUACCUACUGAAGAGUCCAAUAUAUUAACCACCUUGAUUUCUACAUGGCCAUCAACUUCUUCAGCAAGAACACGAGAGGGGGCUCGCAUUGGAUCAGUUCCGAGGAAAAGCGUAACUCAAGAUAUACCUACUGAAGAGUCCAAUAUAUUAACCACCUUGAUUUCUACAUGGCCAUCAACUUCUUCAGCAAGAACACGAGAGGGGGCUCGCAUUGGAUCAGUUCCGAGGAAAAGCGUAACUCAAGAUAUGCCUACUGAAGAGUCCAAGAUAUUAACCACCUUGAUUUCUACAUGGCCAUCAACUUCUUCAGCAAGAACACGUGAGAGGGCUCGCAUUGGAUCAGUUCUGAGGAAAAGUGUAACUCAAGAAGCUGGUCCACAGUCAUUGCUCAGUGAAGUGGCAACUGGAUUUUUGAUUUGGGCAGUAACAGUUACAGCCCUAAUAAUAUUUUAUGGGCUGAGGAAACUUGUCAAGUUUUGGAUAAAUCGCUGCUGCCCAGCACUUAACAUUUCUGAUAUGCAUUUGCUGUCACCAUCAUCAUACACAACUUCAGCAGACACAGACACACCUCAGCAACCUAGACAACAAGCCUCCGCUUCUCAGCUGGGACAACAACUCCCCGCUUCUCAGCCGGGACAAGAAGCCCCCAUUCCACAGCUGGGACAACAAGCCCCUGCUCCUCAGCUGGGACAACAAGCCCCUAUUCCACAGCCGGGACAACAAGCCCCCGUUCCUCAGCCGGGACAACAAGCCCCCACUCCUCAGCCAGGACAACAAGCCCCCGUUCCACAGCAGGGACAACAAACCCCCGCUUCUCAGCCGGGACAAGUCCCCGCUCCUCAGCCGGGACAAGUCCAUAAUUCUCCACCAACUACUAGAAGCAAAUCAGCAAAAAAGAAACUAAUGUUUGAAAGCCAGUUAUAA